GUGAUGACCAGCAACAUAUAUAAAGACUUAACACUAAAUGCUUGAUUCAAAGUAGACACUGAUAUUUUGUAUGACUUUGUAUUGCAUCCACCCUAUUCGUCCAAGAUGAAAAUUGUGAUACCCAUAAUCGUCUUUGUGGCAGUGGCAGGUUUUCACAGGGUGAUUUCUGCGUCUCUGAAUUCAACUGAGAGCACUGAAUCAUCUGAAGAAAUAGAGUCUGAAGAAAACACUACACCACAAAAUCAAACUACAGAUGAUCUGGAUUUUAAGGCAGCACAUGUGAAAGAUGAAGACAGUUUACGAGUGACACACAUGGAGGGAAAUGAUGAAGAAGAUGGCAAAGAAGUAAUUGAUGAAGAAGAUACUGAAGUUACUGUUCACAAUCUUAAUUUGUCAGAUGGUGAGAAAGAGGCAAAGUGUACUGCAAAAAAGAGAGGAAACACCAGAAGCGAGUCUGUAGAAACAGGCACUGUGGGCGACUACUCUAAACACACAACAGAGCACACAAAGCAGGUGGAUAAGAGUGUGAAAAGUGCUGAAGACCUCUAUCAGUAUGAAGAAAUAAGAUAUGAUUCAUAGACCUGAGUGUUAUUAAGCCAAGUGUGAUAAGACCGUCAAGGAAGUUAUAUAUCUUUUAAACAUAUAUGGCAAAUUGUUUGAUAAAAUAUUGCUUGCUAAAAGCGUGUUAUAAACGUGCUAAGCUCCAAUAAACUGGAAGUAUUGUUUUGACAAAAUUUGUAAGAUCACAGCUUUUUAUAAACAUUCACCACAGUGCACAAUGUAAAAAAGAAGAGAAUUUAAGUGGGUGUAAUAACAUGGGAGGUUUACAGCUGUAUGAUUAUAUACAGCCUUUUGGGAGGAAAGAGUUUUUAAGUAACAGAUGUAGGUAAUGGAUCUAGGACAGCUAUCCAGGCCAGCGCUGUCUACAGUGCUCAUUUGUCUGCAUCGUCCCAGCUUAUUUUUGGACCAAAGAUGCAACAUUGCUCUCCACCCUCUUCAAAAGCCUGAUAGGAAUGAAUUGUUUUAUUCAAAAUGCCCUUAAGCAAAUUCUCUGGAAAUGUUUUGUUUGAACUGAUGUGGAAAUGUUGAUGCUUGGGUUGUAUUUUAAAGUGCUAACCAAAUGACUGACAAAUUAGCCUAUGUUAUAGCCUAAAUCUCUAUUUUGUCUGUUUUUCAACAAAUGCUUGCAAAAUCAAAUUCUUUGAAAAAUGUAAAGUCAUCUAAUAACAAUAUUUGCAAACCA